ACCAUCACCCAACUCCCAAAACCGCAUGCAUCAACAAAGAUCGCAGAGAGACAUGCAACAUGCAACGGCUGAACGGCAGCAACACACACUUCAGGCACCAAACCUGGCAACUGGGAAGCCAAUAUAAAAUAGAAGCUGUACGUAUCCUAUGUUUGUGAACGACAUCACUCAACAACAAUAACACCUUCAAAAAGUAUAGAUAAAGCCAUGGCAGAAGACGAGGUAGUAGAGAAUGGCGGAGGUGGAGAGGGAGACAAGCCGAAACGUAAAGUCAAGAAGCCAGCAGCGAAACCAAGAGGACGGUCACCGGCUCCCAAUGGCGGCGGAUCCCCCCCCGCAACGUCCGCCAAAAAGACUACGAAAAAGAAGGAAAAGUCUCAGGACCUACCCUGCAAUCCCUCGCGAGAUAAGAGUGGUUCGCCCUCCAAGGCCAAACGACCGGGUAGAAGCACAUCACCCAAGAAGGAAUCCAGCCAUCAGAAUAAUAAUAACAACGGCCAUCAUCAUCAUGAACCACAAUCCACUACCACAAGCUCCAAACGAGAUCAGUCACCUGCUGCUGGUCGCAAAAAGAAGAAAUGCGAUUCGUCUCCCCGACCACCCAAACGCAACGGAACAGUAGAAGAACCCAAAAAAUUUCAGACCAACUCCUCCCGAGGUAGAAGUCCCGAAAAUUCUUCCAAACGACGGCUCCCCAGCAGUGGGAACAGCGACAAGGAAUUAUCUACAUCCAACAGCAAACCAAAAGGGAAGCUCGAGGGAAGUCGACACAAGUCACCUACCAGAGCUGCAUCCCCCAAACGAACGGGCAAGGUUUCUCCUAGCAAACACAGUAGCAGCAAUCACAACAACAGUAGUAAGAGCAAACCCAAACCGGUCAAACGCGUCAGCCACAGCAAUGUCCACAAUUCGGGUCAAUUUUCCACCGGUGCACACUCGUUGGGAUUGGAGGAUUUGCAACGUGCGUCGGACGAGGAGGAUUCCGACGAUGAGGGAACCAAAGCCGGCGCCCCUCGGUAUAUUUCCGCCAAGGGACAUUCCACACAUUUGCAAUUGGAUCUGUCGACUAUUGGUGGUGCCGGCGGCGGCAGUGGCGAAAUGCCCAUCUUUAGUUUACUCGAUGAAAACUCCCUCUUGGAGGGUUGCACGGACGAUGAGGGCGAUCAACAACAACCAAAACAACGAAAACCGCGUGACCCAAAGUUGCAAAAUCCACAUCGUGAUAGUUUAUUGGACAACGUGAAUAGCCGCAAACUGCAGGUACAAAGACGACUCUCCACCACCGAUUCGCCACCGCCGGAACCGCUGCAAUUUCAACCGUGGGGAUUUGAUGAUAAUGACGACGACGACGACGACAAUCAUCAUCCGGCUCCCAGGAGUCCUACGGCGACCAACCACAAGACUGCCCAUUCGCCCAAGGCAAACAAGUCUCCACUGGGAAAAGCAUUCAAAGCACUCAAAUACACCACCAACAUGUCAGGUGCUACGAAUCUCAUGGAAAAAAUGUCGAACAAUUUCCAACAACGAUUGGGAUUUGCCCCGCAACAUCAACAAAUGAAAGACGAUGAUGAUUUGGACAGUUUGUUGAGCUAGAUGUUAAGCUACUCGACAAGUGUCCUUCAUUGAAGCAUCGGCGAGGGCUGUCUUCAGCAUUCACUCGGCGAGGACAGUCUUCACAGCGCCUUUGAUGAUUUCAAGUUUGGUGGAUACAUCCCAUUCCGGUUUGACGCUCCAGCUAGAGAUUCGCUUCUUCGUCGCGACAAAUCGGCACUGCAGGUUUGGGAAGUUGGAUCCGCCUUUGCCGAAGAUCAGGGCGACGACGGCGUCAAUGUUUUCCGUUCCAUAGGAGAGUAGCUCUCCAGUCUGCUGCCCAUAGGCGUUGAGUAACUCCACUUUCCAAACCUGGACACCAUCUUCUACGGGUGCCGUGAUCAACAGUGGGUGUGGACAGACCACCAAAAGCUCUAGCUUCGACGUUCGGUCCUUCACUUUGACAUAGUCCAUGAUUUCACGAGCAAGACCACUCAUUGCGCACUUUCAGAAGGCUCAAGAUUGCGCUCGUGUCCGCCUCGGCAACUGCAAGAAAAACGACAAUGCGGAACUAAGAGAGAUCCUCGGCACAACGCACCAAAUGCACGAGUGUUCUACGAAUACGUAGUACGGAUAGGUGCACACAAAUCCGUCAGGUGAAAUUUCACUCAGGUUUUCUUGCUAACAUGAAAGCGUAUAAGAUUUGCUGCCGCGUAUCUAUGCAUAU